AUGGCUCCAAGAGUUUGCUCAAACGUAGAACGGUCUCAAAAUCAACUCAAUCUAUGUCUGAGUUGUCACGUCAAAGACAAUCUCGAGGAGCACACAAAAGGAUUGAGCCAAUCGCUCAUGUUCGACAGAAAUUGUUCCAAAUGGAGCUCCUACAAUUUCAUCCCGUGGUCGCUGGGGGUGAGUUCGGUACAGACAGUCUAGAGGGCGCGAUCAUUCCCGCCGGUAGCCAAGUGGAAAUAAAUCGGCGAGAGCUCGAAACCAAGAUCAGAUUUAUUUGUUUUCCAUUUUGUUGUUAUCGAAUUGCAACAAUUUCAGAUCCUCGCCAACUUCUCGCCAGUUUUCAAGGCAAUGUUCGCGAAAAACUCCUUCCGCGAAGCCACUGCUGCCGAAAUGGUCAUUGAAGACGUGGAUGCGAAGGUCUUCGAAGUAGUUCUCUACUACAUCCAUCGCUAUGAUAUCGAGAUUUCAGGUAAUACGAUUUUACCGCGAAGACGUAAAACGCAAAAUGUGUUUUUCAGACGGAGAUGUGGAAAGCGUGCUUCAGGUCGCCAUUCGAUACGGUGCGAAUGUGAUGAAGAGGAAAUACUUGAAGAAGAAGUUGGGAACUGCCAAUUUUAUAACCUUCUGGAAAUUGAUGUAG